AUGGCACCCCGACUCUCCCGGAAGACAGCGUACACAACAAAUCAUGACGAUUUCAUUCAACAGUUUACUCAACGUGAGAAUGAGAAGCGACGCAUCAACAAACCCAAACCACGCAGUGCAAAGGAACGAGCUGCUCUUCGGGAGAAGCUAAAGGACUUACAGUUCUUACUACCUGACCACGCUGACGGAACGAAGAUCAACAUCGCAGGCAUACUCAAAAAAUGGAAAAUUUACUGUCAUGCGGCCGAACUAGGUGACUGGAAAGAAUCAAUAAAGAAACUCAGUCGGCCUGUAGCUCAGGAUUUCCUUGAUCAUCUGUGCGAGAGGUGGAAAAUCACAUCCUGGAGCACAUCGUGGAUAUACUGGCGACAGUUCAAACAACUCUUUACGAGUGUCACAGGCCAAUUCUUUAACAGAAAUGACAACAACGAAGUGCGAAAAUGGCACGACACAGUUUUAGUUACUAGAUGGGGUUUGCGCCCACCGAACGUUGACGGCAAGCCCGUCCUUGGUACCGAUGACUUGCUAGCGCUUCAAACUUUCAACCUAGCUUACGAUGAUACCGUCUUUCCUUCCGAGCGACAUAGAGUUCAGUUGUUGGGCUGCUACCUUUUGCUUGCAUUUACUGGUGUCCGACCUGGAGAGAUCGUAGAUAAUGAGAAAAGGAAGCCAAAGGAUGGCUCGUGGCAAGACAUCUACGGCCGAAAGACAGUUGCGACUGAGGACUCAGAUGAUAGCAAUAAGGAUCUAGAUGAAGCUGACCGUUUCCUCGAAGAAAUGCUUUCUCAGGAAACAGAGCAUCGUGGCCGGCCCAAAGCACUUUGUUACGAGGAUAUUUUCCUGUCGAUUGUACGACAUCCCGAAACUGGGAAGGACGUUCCGACCAUGUCAAUCAAAUUUAUACAUCAUAAAGGUGAGGACCGAAAACCUAAACCAACUAUCUUCCUCUUCACCGGAACAAGAAGACUUAUGUUUUGCAUCGUAACUAUUAUAAUCAGCCUUGCUAUUAGCGAUGAGGCAUUUGACGCUCCGAGUUUGAAGAGCGUUGCAGAUGUAUUCAAAAUCCGCAACAGAGGCCCAGAACAAUGCCAGCAGCUUCGAUGGAAGCAAAAGUGGCUGAAACGACCGAUUUUCCGUGGGUUUGAAGGCUCUGCCGUCUCUCCUGACAAGGCUCUUCCUUACGACAAGCUGAAUGACGACAUGCAGCGCCAAACACUAGAUGCCGGAUUCGAGCAGGCUUUUGGGCCAAGGGCAUUCCGCAGAGGGGCUGCAAAUAAAGCUAACGGCAGGGCAUCGGAUGCUGUUCGCGAUCAGAUGAUGCGGCAUGACCCUAAAUGGGCAACUUUCAAUAGCGCAUACAUCAAUGAGAAGGUUCAGUUCCAUCUCGAGAGGGUUGUUGCUGACGAGCCGACCGAAGACUGCCUCAUUGAUUUGUUCACGCAUAUGAGCAUGACCCGGGAUCCACGAGCCAGUCAGAAUAUGGUGCCUGCAGAGGUGUUAAGGAAGUUGCCGCCGGACCCGGAAAUUGCACAACUUGAGGACCGCAGAGAUCAACUCAAGAAAGGACGAUAUCGAAUCCAAGGUAACGAACACGAGGAUCAGAUACGAGAACUCACGAAGAUGAUCCGUACGAAGCGGACACAACGAGAGAAAACACUCCGAAAACAGUAUCGACAAUACUACUUUUACAACCGUCCCACUUGGGAGAUAGAACGGCAACUCGCAGGCGAAAGCGACGACGAGGCGGAGGUUGUUCUUUCAGAGCCAGCUAUUGACCUUUACAUACCCGAGCGAGCUCGGCUCGCUAAGCUCCUCUGCCACCAGCGGCCAGACAAGCAGAGCUAUGAAGAAUACUGUAAACUUCGCAUUGAAGUUGCGGAGUUAAUGGUCGCAUUGAGCAGCAAAAGGGAAACUAUUAAACGCAAGAGAGUCCACAAAGUCUCAGAUGUCGAUGCUAUGAGUUGGAAUUUUACCGAUGUUCACAUAAAGGAGGAGUCACCAGAGCCGGAUAGAUUUCCCCUUCUGAUGUUGAAAACGCAGUGCCCGCGGUGCAUCGGUGACAACGCGCUGUCUAUUGGGGAGAGGACUUUCUCCUAUUGCCGCCCUGCGGUGAUGAACGAUCAUUUUGACCGCGAACAUCUGGAUACUAUGAAGAGAUCUGACAUCAUCGUGUGCAACCACCCGAAAUGCAGGGAUGCUGAUCUGAAGUUGACAAGCUUAGACCAUUUCCGGAACCAUGUUGCCCGUGUUCAUGGCGUCAACCUCAGAGCCUCACGGCCGUAG